AUGAAGUCGGUCCUCGGCCUGGCGCUGCCGCUUCUGGCAUCCGCGUCACCACUCCUCAAAGAGCAGAGCAUCCACGCCGAUGUUGCUCCCGUCGUCUCCUCCUCCAACGCCAAGGAGAUCCCCGACAGCUACAUCAUCAAGUUCAAGAAGCAUGUCACCACCACCCUGGCCGCCGAGCACCACGAUUGGGUUCAGGACCUCCAUCUCAACACCCAGUCCCGCAAGGUCGAGCUCAAGAAGAGGUCGCAGACACCCAUGAUGGACGAUGUCUUUCUGGGACUGAAGCAUACAUACAACAUUGCCGGCAGCAUGCUUGGAUACUCCGGUCACUUUGAUGAAGACGUGAUUGAGGAGAUCCGCAGAAACCCAGAUGUAAGUGCCACUAGGCAGCCACCACGUCCUCGUGACUCGCUGCGAGUAUCGUCGUGAACGCCAUCGCUGACGGAAUCGACAAAGGUCGAGUUGAUCGAGAAGGACCAAGAGGUCCACGCCCUGGAAUCCGAGGAGCCUGAGCUCGAAAAGAACGCUCCCUGGGGUCUCGCCCGCAUCUCCCACCGCGAUAGCCUUACCUUUGGCAGCUUCAACAAGUACCUCUACGCCGCCGACGGUGGCGAGGGCGUUGAUGUCUACGUUAUUGACACCGGCACCAACACUGAGCACGUCGACUUCGAGGGUCGUGCGUCCUGGGGCAAGACCAUUCCUUCGGGCGAUGCUGAUGAGGACGGAAACGGACACGGAACCCACUGCUCUGGCACCGUUGCCGGCAAGAAGUACGGUGUUGCCAAGAAGGCCCAUGUCAAGGCCGUCAAGGUUCUGCGCUCCAACGGUUCGGGAUCCAUGUCGGAUGUCGUCAAGGGUGUUGAAUUCGCUGCUGAGGCACACGGCGAGCAAGUCUCUGCCGCUAAGAAGGGCAAGAGAAAGGGCUUCAAGGGCUCUGCUGCCAACAUGAGCUUGGGUGGUGGCAAGUCUUCGAUUCUCGAUCAGGCUGUCAACGCUGCCGUUGAGGCUGGCAUCCACUUCGCUGUUGCUGCUGGCAACGACAACGCUGGUGAGUACUUCCUUCUGAGACUCGGAAACCUAAUUCACGUGCUAACCUCUUCAGACUCAUGCAACUACUCUCCUGCUGCCGCUGAGAACGCUGUCACUGUUGGUGCCAGCACGCUCGCCGACGAGCGUGCCUACUUCUCCAACUACGGCAAGUGCAACGACAUCUUUGCCCCAGGUCUCAACAUCCAGUCCACCUGGAUUGGCAGCAAGUACGCCGUCAACACCAUCUCUGGUACCUCGAUGGCUUCUCCCCACAUUGCUGGUCUCCUUGCGUACCUGCUCUCUCUCCAGCCUUCCAAGGACUCUGCCUAUGCCGUCGCAGACAUCACACCAAAGAAAUUGAAGGCAAAUCUCAUCUCGACUGCCACCAAGGGGGCCCUCACCGACGUCCCAAGCAACACUAUGAACAUUCUCGCCUGGAACGGUGGUGGUAUUAGCAACUACUCUCACAUCAUCGAGGAGGGAGGAUACACCGUUUCCGCUGUGGCCGCCCCCAUCGACCUUGCUGACAAGGCCAAGACGGGAGUUUCCCAGGUUGCCGAGUCUCUGGAGGAGCUCGAGGAGAAGAUUGAGCAGGAGAUCAAGGACUUCUUCGACCACAUCAAGAGCGAGUAA